AAAUGAGCAGGUCUUCGAAUUACAAGACUCCCAGUCUCCUGAAAGACAACAGCUGGAUCAAAAAAUUGGAUGAUGAGGAUGAAGAUGUCGACCGAGACCCAAACUUUGGCAAAAGUGUUCUAAGCCAGGUCAAAACCGAUGAAACUGUGAGUUCAGAGGGUGGAGAAAUAAAAACCACUACAACCACAAGAAAAUCAUCAUCAUCGUCAUCUGUGCAGGCUCUCAGCAAGAGAUUCGGCGGAAGUCAGGAUGAUCUGAGCAGCAGCAGUACCCUCCCUUCCAGCAAGACUACAUCCUCCUACACCAGAAGCACAUACUCAUCCCUGAAGUCUCCCACUACAACUACCACAUCCAAGACUACUGUGACAGAGUUCCCGAAAACAAGUACCAGAACCUCCUCGGUCUCCAAGGAUGGCAAAACCACUGAGACCACCACCACUACCACCCAGAGUCUUAGAUCCCCUGGGAUUAAAAGUCCCACCAUGACUGAGAGGUUCGCUGAGCGGGUCAAGUCUUCAAGCAAAGAACCUCAGUACGCAGGCUACUCACCUACCAGAACAACCAAAGUGACUGAAAGAACUGUCAGCAGAAAUGAUGCGGAGGACAACCUUUUCGACACGCUCAUCCCCUCGUCGAUAAAGGGUGAUUUCUCCCCCACAGACAGCAAAACAACUGUCUCCACCAUUGAGGCUGUGACAGUGAAAAGCAGCACUGACACUGAUGCGGAGGACAAGCUUUUCGGCACACUCAUCCCCUCAAAGAUCAAGGAUGAUUUCUCCCCCACAGACAGCAAAACAACUAUCUCCAGUACUGAGUAUGUGACAGUGAGAAGCAGCAGUGAUGUACAUGACACUAAAACUAUUACCACAACAAGGAAUUCAGCUACGCCCGAGGAUGACCUGUAUGGCACCCUCCUGCCUAGAUCCAUUACCUCUACAUCCAGUCUGUCUUCUCCUGUCAGCAGCAGCAGCAUCACAAAGAGAGAGAUCAUCACAGUGGAGAGCAGCAGAGGAAUAGAAAGCCCAACUCUGUCAUCGCCAUCCUCCAACCACAGAUCCACCAGCUACAGCUCGUACAAUGAUGAUCUUCCCUCCACCCGCACCUCCUCCUACACCAUCAGCACCACACCCAGUUAUGAGUACAGCAGUAUCAACAGUCCCACCAGCUACACCACUAAAUCAUACAGGAGCAGCAGCAGGUCAGAUGACGUGACGGCAGAUCCAAUCUACUCAUCCUCCAUUAAGAGUGUGUAUGGAUCUUCUGAGAGGGCGGUGCUUGAGAAAGACCUGUGCAGCUACUGCCAUAAGCCUUUCACUGGUGACGCCAAGAUGGUCCUGGAUGACAUGAAGAUCAACUGCCACGCUACCUGCUUUAAAUGCGAGGUGUGUAACGGCAAUCUGAGUAAUAUGAAAGCUGGUGACAGCAUGUGGAUCUACAAACACAUGGUGCACUGUGAGAACUGCUUUGAGGUCACCAGAGAUAAAUGGCGGCGCUGAGUUUCUCCCAAGCCUUCCCUCAAGAUGAAGUACAUGGGAUUUGAGAUAAAAAUGGAUUGCUGUUUAUCAAUAGGUUUUGGGUGACAUGGUUCUUGUGUUUUUACAAGCUGACAAAGCUUUAUCUGGGUGUUUUGACAAAUGACAGUUACAUUAUGACUAUAACCUUUUAGUGUAAUGCACUUGCAGCUAGCUGUAACUGUGUGAUUGACUUUGUGAGUGCUGUCUCUGUAUCUACCCCUUUUCAUAAAUUAGAGAUAGCUCUUCUGAUAUUCUCUUAAGUCUGCAGCCUUUAAGGGGACUCUUGUGUGUAACAUGAAAGUAGAUAUUGCAAUAUCUAGGGCCGGGGGCUUUUU